AUGUCAUCACCAGUGAAAUCCAGAGCAAAGAAAGCCAGAGAACGUUUUCUAUUGAUUACUCUGUUGACCAUCACGACAACCGUGACCAUACUUUCAAUUGGAUUAUUCUUCCUUUCAGUUCCAUUGAGUGGAGCUCAUCACAAUGAUUGUUCUGCUUCUAAUUGUCGAGUUACCUCUUCAUCAAAACAACUCUAUCUACAAUACGAUUUGACCACUUCUAGACGAAACCUGACCAUAACCAUGCAAGUUAUCUUUGAUGAAUCAUUACUCUCGGAUCAAUCGAAUACCAUUCCGUGCAUUAUCACACCUCUAUCAUCAUCUAAUCAAUCAAUUAAUAAUAAUAAUAAUAAUAUUACGGAAAAUAAUUUAGUGUCAUUGUUAGGAAAAACAACAACAACAAAAUCAUCAUCAUUAGACAAUCAACAAAAUUUAGAAUCAUCCACUCGUAUUCUUCUGAUGACGGAAAGUUCUUCUAUCAUCAUUACUUACAAUAAUAUUAAUUACUCCAUCACUACCAAUUCUUCAUCAUCAGACGCAAUUCCAUGCUACUACAAUGAUGCCAAUUCCUUCUUCUUUGGCAUGACAUUCUCCCUCCCGAAAGAACAUGCUCAGCUCGAACUCAUCCUCGGAGGAGUAAUGAUUCCCUUCAUCAUUCUCGUUGUUGGUUGUUUGUGUUGUUUACCUCUGUCCAUGUCAUGGAUUUGUAUGAAGGAGGAUAUUAUGGAGAGGAAGCAGAAGGUAGAUUUUCAUAAAUUGGACUCAACUUGGGAUGAAUAA